GGGGUGCAAGGGGUGUUGACAGAUUGUCGGUGUUUAUCUUUGGUGUGGUAUGUAGUUGAGAAGGUUACUGUUAUAUAUUUCUUAUUGAGGAUUUAUUAUUUGUCAAAAGCGAUCUCUGACAAUUAGAAUACAUCCUUAUUGAGUGGCACUUGACUCUUGAGUUCUCGGUGCUACACGAGGCAAAGUAACGCGUUUUCUCGAUUCGAUGAAUUUCUACGAAACUCAAGACUUCUAUGUACUUAGCAAGGAACAGUCUAGUUUAUGGUGUAGCAGAAACAACGGUGACAUACAAGUCAGACCAGCUUCAAGUAUUGGAGAUCUUGCUCAACCUACACUCCUGGGCUGUGUGUUUGGUAUUGUUGGAAAGAUAAAGUUCUUCCCAGGUUCUGAUGAUAAGGUGAUUUUGAUUAUCAAGCAACAUGAAGUUGGCUGUUUUUUGGAUGAAGCUCCAAUUUAUAGCAUCGACAAAGUUGCAAUUGUCCCUCUUUCAUCUGAAGAAUGUCCAGACAUUGAAUUUCAAUUAGGUGAUGAACAUGCUGACGAAUGUUCAAUGCCAACAUCAGCUGCACAGCCAAAAAUAGCGCAAACAUUCAGUAACAAUUUCGCAUCACUAUGGAGUAAAGCCACGGCAAACAAGAACAGUUCUCAGAAAAUACCAGACAAGGAAGCAAAUAAAGAAAAACUUGAAAAGCUAGAACGAAGACUCCAAGAGGAACUUUUAAAGAUGUUCAAUGACUCCCAGUCCUUUUACUACAGCAAAGAAAGUGAUAUCACCAAUAGCAUACAGCGAAUCGUUGAGAAAAAAGAGGAAACCAAAGGCUUGCCUCUUUGGAAGACGGCUGAUGAACGAUUCUUUUGGAAUAAAGCGAUGCUCGAGGAUAUUAUUAAGAUCACCGAGACGGAUGUCAGUGCAAAUGAUUGGAUUGUGCCAAUCGUACAGGGUUACGUUCAGUCAGCCAAGUUUGAUGGUGAUAAUUUUUUCACUGGCAUGAACGACGAGAUGGCGGAAAUUGCGAAGUUCGAUUUGCUGUUGAUUUCACGUCGUAGCGUUUUUCGAGCUGGAACACGGUAUAAGCGCCGGGGUGUCGAUGAGAACGGAAAUGUGGCUAAUUACGUCGAAACGGAACAGAUUGUCCAUGCCAACAAUCAUUGUCUGUCGUUUGUUCAAACGCGGGGAUCGAUACCUUUGUACUGGAGUCAGACGGGUAUGAAGUACAAACCGCCACCAAAAUUAGAAAGAGAUAAAAGCAAAACUGUUGUGAAUUUGGUCGAGCAGAAUGGUAGAGAGCAGGUUCUCUAUGAUGCUUUCAUGGAACAAAUUAUUACCUACGAUAAUCCGCUUUUGACAUAUGUAACCUUUGAUUUUCACGAAUAUUGUCGCGGCAUGAAAUUCGAAAACGUUUCGAAACUGGUCGAAGCAGUCAAAGGUAUUACAGGCGAUAUGAAAUUUUCAUGGGUUGACAAUCGAGGAGUGAUUUGGGAACAACUGGGCGUGUUUCGCGUUAAUUGUAUGGACUGUCUUGACCGUACCAACGUUGUUCAAGCUGCUUUAGCAAGAAGUGUAUUAAUAGCGCAGUUGUGUAGGCUCGGUCGAAUUAUGCCUGAGAUUGAUCUACCUGGUGAUAUUAGGGACGUGUAUCAGGAUAUGUGGGCAAACAACGGGGAUGCCAUCAGCAGACAAUACGCUGGGACAGCGGCAAUGAAGGGUGAUUUUACGAGGACUGGCGAGAGGCGAUUUACUGGUGUGAUGAAAGAUGGAUACCAUUCAGCCAAUCGUUAUUUGAACCGCUUUACGGCAGCAUACAGACAAACAGUCAUAGACAUCAUGCUUGGUAUUCCACCUUCUGAAGAUAUUUCUCUGUUAAUAUCUGCAAUGAAGCAGCCAGAAGACACUGGCGAAGAAUGGACGCUACAGCGCGAAGAAUGGAUUGCCCAAUUGGUUAAUCAGUGUCGUCUUUUAUUACUUCACGAAGGUGAUUCCUAUAUCGGCGGAUGGGCGUUGAUUGAGCCCGUUGUCGAAUUGGACGGAGAUGGUUAUGAUUAUGAACAAGAAAAAGUUUUAUUGCUUUCUAAAAGAGGAUUCUAUAUAGCCAGUUACAACGAAGAAGAAGAAUGUGUUAAUCAAUAUGAGUUUCAACUUUUGGAAAAUUUGGAAAAAAUUGAGCUAGGUCCCGAUAUGAUCAAUAAAUCUUCAGUUCAUUCCGCCAUAAGACUUUAUUAUCGCAACAAAAACGACAGUGGAUAUUUCCACACUUUUAAACUCUUAAAGAAUCGAACAAUCGACGAAGAUAAAGAUGUCCUAAAUGAAAUUAUAGACGAAUUUAAAAUAGCGGCAGAGGCUUCAAAUGUCAAGUUUAAGAUUACAGAGUGCAAGAUAAACAAAAAGAAAAGCAAACCUCAUGAAGUUAUUCAACUAUCGUACAAAUCUCGACCAUGUGUGCCUGGUAGUCCAUUUCGCAGAAAAAAAUCUUCUGCAAUUAAACCUCCCCAAAUCCACCACUCGGCAUCCGCCCCUGCAAAUCUUGGGGAUAUUCCAUCUUCUAAAGAAGUCUCUUCUGGAUGUACCGAACAGAAAGACGUAGAGCAAGAUGAUAAAGAUUGUCUGGAUACAAAGCAGGAUGAUAAAGGUAAUCUGGACACAAAGCAAGAUGAUAAAUGUAAUCUGGAUACCAAGCAGGAUGAUAAAGGUAAUCUGGACUCUAAGCAGGAUGAUAAAGGUAAUCUGGAUACAAAGCAAGAUGAUAAAGGUAAUCUGGAUACGAAGCAGGAUGAUAAAGGUAAUCUGGAUACAAAGCAAGAUGAUAAAGGUAAUCUGGAUACAAAGCAAGAUGAUGAAGGUAAUCUGGAAACCAAGCAGGAUGAUAAAGGUAAUCUGGACUCUAAGCAGGAUGAUAAAGGUAAUCUGGAUACCAAGCAGGAUGAUAAAGGUAAUCUUCAUAGUAGUUUUACUUCUUCGAUGAACGAAUCAUCGGAUUUAUCUCAAAUGGAUUCACCUCAGAUUGAGGUAUCCCAGAUUGAGUUAUCUAAGAAAGAGGACGUCUUGAACGAUCUCUCAGUAUCACCGAAUAAUUACAAUGAGAAUUUAGAAAAAGAAAAUCAUUUCGGAAAAUCUGAUAAUUCAGCGAUUUCGAACAAUGCUUGCUCUGGCGAAGAGAGCAUUGAGCGCGAAAUUUCUGGAAAAAUAACGAAAGCACCGAACGUGGAAAAUACUGUCUCACUAGGGUUAAAUGUUUCUAACGAGAAAAGUCAACUCGUGAGCGAUAUUAAUCACGUCAAUGAAACUGUUAGUUCUGAUCAAUCUGAAAAUCAAAGUUCAGACGAUAAAAUUGACAAUAGCGCAGAUAGUUCUGUUGCUCAAAGUAUUGAGACAGAGGAGACGCAGAUCGCUUCCGGUUUGGGGUCAGACAUUAAAAGGAACAUAAGAAAUCGACUUGCAACUGUUUCGAUGAAAUUCCGAAAGAAUGAAGAGAAAGUCAACACUCCCGAGAUAAGAUUGCAGUCGGAAGGUUCCGCAAGCACUUCGGAACCGACGCAAUCCGAUGGAAAGCGCAACACUUUAGCAACAGCCCAGGAAAAACGUAGGGCGCUCAUUCCGGAAUUGAAAAAUAAAUUCGCCGGACUAUCCAACCGCGCCCAGCGAGCAGAUCAGAAAAGAGAUUGGAGGAAAGUUAUUGAAGGCAGUGGAUGUCGAACAAGAAUUAUUCAAAUAUGAUGAUGUCGUUAAACCUUUACUGUACAUGACAUCAUCGAAAAUCACGUGUUUAUAAACACAAACGUCACUAAAGCUAACGCGGGCUCUUUUUAUAAAACAUGCACAAGUGAAUUGAUUAUAGUAUGAUUUUUUAUUUAACACAGUCAUUUUUAACCUUAAAUAUUUCACGAGAAAUUUACUGCUGUACAUAUAAUUAGGAAUUAUUUGAAUAAUUACUUCAUCAUUCAUUAACGGUUCAACGGUCGGCUUGAAAAGUUUGAACGGACAGAUUUCAACUGCUGUUAAUAUGUAGUUAUGUACGAACAAAGAAAACGAACAAUUAUUUAAUUUUACAGCUAAAUCUAAAUCUUUUGUGUAUUUAAAAAAAUUGGACAAAUUACUGUUACACCGCUGCACACAGAAGCAUUGCUUUUCACGCAACAGUUAGCCGCAAAAACUGAUUUUUUUCAGAAGUCUAGUUUUCAUUGCUAUGAUUGCUGAUACUUGACGGUAAAACCUAGUACAUUUCCGCAAAAACUGAUUUUUUUCAGAAGUCUAGUUUUCAUUGCUAUGAUUGCUGAUACUUGACGGUAAAACUUAGUACAUUUCCGCAAAAACUGAUUUUUUUCAGAAGUCUAGUUUUCAUUGCUAUGAUUGCUGAUAUUUGACGGUAAAGCCUAGUACAUUUCCAUACACUUCAGAUGCAAGCAAAUCCAUUGAUAAAAACCUUUUUCAAGGCAUGGGUAACCAAUAGUGUUGUUCUGAAGGUACUUCGAAUUUAAAAUCGAGCUAAUAGUAUUUGUUUUGACCAACGCUGCAUGGAUCCUACAUUGAAAAACUCGUCAAUUUUCCAAGAUCACGUCAGAUUUAAAGAUUUUUAUGAAGAUGAAAUAGACGAAGAGAAUUCCACGAAGCGAACGGCGUGGCUCACAUGGAUAUCUGGUACCAUCUAAAUGAUUGUUUCCAUGACUGUAAUCUCUACAUAUUUUUCAUUUCCAAGAAAUCAGUACCCGAUCUACUGCCCGCUACAUCUUCCAACGUCUGUGAAAUAUCGUUCGCUGUUUCCUUUUUCUUAGGUUUCCGAUGUGGUACAAUUUUGUUGAGUAUUUUAAACGCACUUCGUCGAAAUUCUUUGUUUAUUCCAACAUAUAUCAAUGGAUUGAUAAAUCCAUUGAGAUAACGCAGUAUAUUGACGAUAUAAAACAACUCGAUGAACGGAACCUUUUCAUUUCUCACGUGAAACAACCAUAUGUAGACGAAAAGCGGAAGAUAGCAGAUGAGAAAAGCGCCGAUGAUGAUCGAAAAAGUUUUUGCCGCCUUGUACUCGCGUCUUACUCGAUCCAAUUUACUUUUGAGAGUGUAAUUAAUUUUCCGAGAAUGUCUCUUUGCGACCUUGAAGAUCCAGCCAUAAACGAGAACCAUUACGAAAAGUGGAAAGAGAAAACUUGUAAAGCUGGUGGCGAUGAGAUAUUCCUUUGUGAAGAAGCUACAGUGAUUCAUGUGGAAUUUACCAAUUGGUAUCCGGGACGCCAGCAUUACGAGAAGCGAGUAAAUCCACACUGAGAUCAACCCGGCCAAGCAACGGUUCCUGGUUACUAUGGUUUGGUAUCUUAGCGGCCAUUUUACCGCCGUGUAUCGCUCUACGCUUAUCAAAACGAAACUCAUGAUGGAAUUGGUAGAGCACAUGACGUCAAUCAUGGCGCCAAUCUGACAUAAAGUUCUAUCAUCCCAAUCCAUGUACUCCGUAAGAUAAAAAGGUAUUCCUACUAAAGCGAUGAAAAUAUCUGCUACUCCAAGAUUGACGAUGAAAUAGUGCUUGGCAGUCCGUAUUUCUAGCGAGAACGUGUAGACGAGACACACGAAACCAUUGGUCAAAAGACUAGAGAAAGCGAUGAGUAUUAUGAUAACCAGAACGUACGCAGGGGACAAGACAUCCCGAGAUGUUGACUUCGAAAUUCAUGGUUAAGGAAGGUUACCAUCGACUGCCGCUACGGGAUUCUAGGAAGUGUCCUUCGAUUGAAGAAUUAAAGAAUUGCUAAAAGCGAGCAUUGGAACCGAGCAACCUGUUCAGCGAUUCUUUCAUAGAUUGCAAAACAUGGCUGUAAGGCUGUUGUUUACAAAAAGAAGCCUUUCCAAGCGGAAUCAAAUUAUUCAAUAUGUUGUGCGAGUGACGUUGACGGCACGAAUGUCUGAAUCGCCAUCAUUAACUGAAGAAAGAGUUUCUGCCAAAUGUGACAAGUCAUAAUAGCCUACAAUGUGCGAAUGGGUUUUGUUAAAUACGGCGAAAAUUCAACAAAUCUCGACAAGAAACGAGAGAGGACUACCCGCGAUGAUGAAACAGGGUUAUCACUGGGAAAAAGAAGAAAAGAAAGUUUUGAGAAAUGAAAAGUCACCAAAGAAAAGAUAUCCGUCCCUAUGUUCUAUUAUCCGCAUAACAUUCAAUGCCAACUUUUCGCUUUACCGUAAAGAUUCAUUGAUGAAAGAUAAUUACUAAAUCGGAACAGAAACAGCAGGAACAAGUGCAAUGGCAAGGAUACAAGGGAGAGACCACGUUAACGUUUAUGUUGAGAGAGACCAUGUUGAGAGAGAAUUAUUCUGUCACUGGAAGGGGUUCUUAACGUGGAUUGAACAUAAAUUAUUAACUAUCAAAGCGGAAUUACCACGAGUUAACAACGUCUACCAGACAAACCAAAUGUCAAUGGAUAUAUCAGACGAAAUCUAAGCAUUUGAUAAGCCUACAGUUUGUAUAAAAGCUAUGGAAUUGAGUGAUAGCGUAACGCUAAAAACAAGAACGCUAUGAAGACUAUGCAGAUUGUUUUUUACAGAAUCCGAUUUCCUCGACACAAUGUUUAGAGAUAAUAUGGCUGCGUUGUCAAAUAUGCGGUGAUAUGUUAUAAGUGUCAUGAUCCAUUGAAAUGUAGGAUAUGACUCGUGAAAUCGACAUCUAAAGAAUACACCCCAAAAUUGGAACGAUAGGAAAAUUCAUUUUCAAUGUAUGUUAUAUAAAAGUUAAAAGAAGACAAGUUAUCGGCUGCUUUAAAGCCUCCACCAACGUCAAGCCAGAAAUAUGUCUUCCUCAUAUUUAACUACGACAAGUGCUAUUGGAUUAAUAAAGCUUAGCCGUAAGAAAACGUGCUGCUUGCUUAGCCGUAAGAAAACGUGCUGCUUUUGAAAGACUUACUUGUCUCCAUCUUUUUCAAAAGCCGACAUAAGUAACUAUAAAUGUAUUGCUAAUGUAUUACCAAACUAAGAUUAAUAUAAAUGUAUAUAUUUGUACUACUUUUUCACUCUUUAUCAACACUCGACAACGAA